GCUGCCGGGCCCGCGUUCUCUUCCUCGCCCCUCCCCCAUGUCCCGGAAGCAGUGGGUGUUUCUCGGUCCUGGGGUGUGGCGUGCCCCCCCCUCCCCGAUUUGCCCUGGGUGGGGAAGCCCCCGGGACCGAGGAAGAGGCCGCCUUUUGUUAGAGAGUGAAGUACAGGUUGCCCUGAGGGGCUGGGACCAUAACCUCGAAGAGUACCCUUUGCUACUGGGGCCGGGCUGUAAGGCUGCCCUGGCCUGGGAAGUUGGGGGGAGGGGGCAGGGGCCGUUUCUCUCCUGGACUGGGUAGUGAUGGUGACUGGUGUGGCCUGGGCUCCUCCCGCCCCCAAGUCAGUGUGAUGCAGCAUCAAUGCAGCAGCGGGGAAGGUGGAAGAGAGAAACUAAAGUCCCCCAAGCUUAGUGCUCUGUUUUCAUAUCUCCUUUUAAAAAGGCAACCAAACCCACCACCAUACCCAAUUGUAGUCAGCCCUGAAGGGGAAAAGAUUUUCCUCCGCAUCUCUAGAGAUUCCAGAGUUGGUCUAGUUUAGGGAAGAGAGGGGAACCAGUGAAAUGGGCUAUUCCUUUCUGACAUGCUGCCCUCCUCAAGCAUGGGAUUGGUGGGGGAUGGAGUUCCUUUCUGGAUUCCUAACUCCUAAUCUCUAAUCAAUGCAGAAUUGUAGAGUUAGAGCCAGAAAGAAUAUAAUAGCUCCUCUAGUCCACCCUGUGCACUUUAAAGAUAAAAAAGGUGAGGCCUAAAGGUUAGUAGGUUAAGUAAUUUGUCCAAGGUCACAGGUAUUAAAUGGUGGAUUCCAGAUUAGAACCCAAAUUAUGUGAUUCCAAACCCAGUACUCUGGAGUAUAAUACAAUAAUCUAGCACUGUCCUGUGCUCCUUUAACUUAGCCUUCUCAUAAGGUUAGCUUUUGGGUUGGUUUUGGUUCUUUUUCAAGAGGAGAGACUUAAGGGUUGUUGCCAGUUACUCUGAUUUGGGCUGUGUUGUCGCCUGCUGUGCUAUGAGCAGUCAGAACGUCUUCUCCACGAGAGUUUGCAAAUGAAAAUGGAGGAAAUGUCUUUGUCUGGCCUGGAUAACAGCAAGCUGGAGGCCAUCGCUCAUGAGAUUUAUACAGACCUGGUGGAAGAUGCUUGUCUGGGACUUUGCUUUGAGGUACACCGGGCUGUCAAGUGUGGUUACUUCUUCCUGGAUGACACAGACCCUGACAGCAUGAAGGAUUUUGAGAUUGUAGACCAGCCUGGAGUGGAUAUUUUUGGGCAAGUAUACAAUCAGUGGAAGAACAAGGAAUGUGUUUGCCCUAACUGCAGCCGAAGCAUUGCUGCUUCCCGCUUUGCUCCCCACCUGGAGAAGUGUUUGGGCAUGGGCCGGAAUAGCAGUCGAAUUGCCAACCGCCGGAUUGCCAGUAGCAACAACAUGAACAAAUCUGAGAGUGAUCAGGAAGACAAUGAUGAUAUCAAUGACAACGACUGGUUCUAUGGCUCGGAGAAGAAAGCAAAGAAGAGAAAAUCAGAUAAGAACCCCAACUCCCCUCGAAGGUCCAAGUCAUUGAAACACAAAAAUGGAGAACUUAGCAGCAAUUCAGAUCCUUUUAAGUAUAGCAACUCUUCUGGGAUCAACUAUGAAACCCUAGGUCCUGAGGAGCUUCGAACCCUGCUUACCACACAAUGUGGGGUGAUCUCUGAACAUACCAAGAAGAUGUGCACAAGGUCCCUUCGCUGCCCCCAGCACACAGAUGAGCAGAGACGGGCUGUGCGUGUCUACUUCCUGGGUCCCUCAGCCCCUUUGCCUGAGGCAGAAGGCUCUGUAGAGAAUGACAGCUUUGAUGUGGCUGAGAGCCAGGCCUUGAUGAGCCGGUUACAAUGGGAUGGCUCCUCAGACCUCUCACCUUCCGACUCUGCUUCUUCCAAGACGAGCACUAAUAACUCUGAAUCAAGGAAGACCAAGAAGAAGAAACCCCACCUGAGUCUGGUUGGGGCAGCUCCAGGCCUCAGCUCCAACAAGAAGAAGAAGCCAAAGCCCCCAGCACCCCCUACACCGAGCAUCUACGAUGACAUCAACUGACCAGAGGCUUGGGAGUGUUCCCUUGUCAGGGCCAACCCUCCUUCCCUCCAUUCUGGUUGACAGGUGGCAGCCUUCAGCAAAGGCUGGGGAUUUGAGGUUGUGAAGUCUGGGAGGGUCAUGCCAGCUUUGACCGUUUUGAACCACAGCAUGAUGGCAGGACCCUAUUGACUGUGCACGACCCUCGGGCGUGCAGGACUCAGGCCUGGACAUACUCUACCUUGAACAAGUUUUUCGGGGGAGAGUGUUUUUCUAUUUAUUCUGUGAUUUCCUGGAUGUCCAGCUGGGAUUGGGCUGAGAGGGGGCCAGACUUAGAGACCGUGCUAGGGUACAUACACUGCCUGCCUUUCCCCCCCAGGGAUUGAAUGAAAUCCCAUGGAAGGCACAUUGUGGCUAUCCAGGGGGCUAUGCAUUGGGAACUGAGCCCCAAAAAGCUCCCCCUGCCCCCCUACCCCCCUAUCCCACCCCACCCCACCCCCUGUCUGCCUUCCGCAAUGUGAAUGGGUCUGGUGCUUGUGGCUGAGGGAUACUCUGCUGCCCCAUUUCCACUCCUGUCCAGUGAUCCCUCUAACUGGAGCAGGAAGGUAGACACAGAGUAUUCCCUCCUUGGGGCAGUUCAGACUGGUCCUCCUCUCACCUUUCUCCUCAGUAUCUUAGGGCCACCUGGGCUGUGGGAGUUGCCUCUCUAUUGGAGAACCAAGAGGAGUUGCCAGAAUCCUCUGGCUUCAGGAAAUGGAAAGGGAGAGGGAAGGAAGGGGAACUGCUUAUCAGAACUUUCCUUUUUCCCCCCAUCCAUAACCCUUAGAGGACAGGGCCCCAAAGUGAGUGGGAACGGUGCUGCUUUAUUUGAAAUGUUUUCUUACCUCAUCCCCUGCCCUGGGAAAGGGCCCAGCCUCACCCUCAGGGUGGCCCCAAAUUUCCCCUGCUUCCCCUAUUGUCCUGAUGGGACUCCCCAGGUCCUUAUUUGCUGCUUGCUGCCCUCUUUUACUCCUGUGUGCUUUAGUUCAUCUCUAGCCCUUCCUCCUUAGCUGCUUCCCCCCUCCCCCAAGUUAUUUAUUCUGGACUUGUAGUCUGACACUCUGAGUAGAGUCCUGAUCUUAUGUAGUGGGUGGGAAGAGUGUAGAGAGGGUGCCCCUAGGUUUGUACCAGAGGAGAAUGAUGUAGUGUAUAUUGCCUAUUACAUCCUGCAAAGCUGGGAUGAAAGUAUUCCCUUCCCUCUGCAACCUUCCACCCAGACCGACCAUCAAGGCUGGGGGUUGUGAUGCUUAUCAGUUUUGAAAGUUGGUGGGAAUACUAGACUUGAAAGGGAUAAGAUCCUGAGUAACCUCACUGGGGACGGGUGUAUAUCUUUCCUCCCAGAAUGGAGGAUCCACUGAUCUGGCCUACUAGAUAAUAGCACUAGUAUUCAGGACUGGAUUAACAAAUUUGGGUAGGUCCUGGAUAGCUAGCAGAAGUAGCAGAUUGGGACAUUUACCCUUUUCCUCAUUUCUACCUAACAUCUCCAACUCCCUGGCUGGGCCUGGUUACAAAUUGGUUUUAACCCAAGAACUUUUUUUAAAGAAAAAAAGCCAAACCUGAGUAUGAGCUAGAGUAAGAGCCUGGGCCCAGGGCAAUCCCUGCCCCUUAUUUUCUAUAUCCCUUCUUCAUAGGAGGGAACCCAGUGCCCCUCAGUCCUUCCAAAUCAUGUCUUGGAAGCAGGUUGGUAUUGGAGGGGAAGGGACAAACUUGUGCUUGCUGUGGGUACAGCUGAACUCUCAACAUUCAGAGAGGUUUAUAGCUCCCAAGCCCAAAGCCCAGUGAUGCUCCCUUUAUUAUCCUGAGGCCCAGGUGGUGCCUACCAAAACCCUUUCUGUCUGAAGAGGGAGAGCUAGGAAGCAGUUUGGGAGUAGAAUUCCCGGUGUUGACUUGUCCAACUUUCUUCAGUUCUCCUCUCAGGACACAGCCCCACUCCCUGCUGGGCUAUAUGAGAUGAGCCUGGCCCAGCUGGGACCUUUAGGGGAGCAAUUGCUUUCCCUUUGGGGAAAGGGGGCUUAUUGCCCAAUAAUUGCUGGGUUAGGAGCUCCCCAGACCUCUCUCCCUUUCCUUUCUCUAGUAACAGGUUAUGUGGAUUUUGCUUCCCACCCUUCCCCAUUCUCAGCUAGAUGUAUUGUCCACUCUGUAGCCUAUCAUGUGUCUUAAGUAUGUGUGUGGGGGUUCUGUAUUGAUUUUUUUUUCUUUUGUGGCCGGUGGCUUUUCUCCUUCCAUGCAUCACUCCCCCCCCUGCAUGCCCAGGGGCCACCUGCCUGGCAUUACUGCAUGCUGGGGCCAUUGGGAGGGAGGGGGUGUUGCUGUCCUGUGGUUUUGAAAUUUUAUUUUUGCAUAUGUAAUCCAUCUUGUACAGGUAGCUAACUUUGUAAACGCUGUGUACUCCCUGUUCCCCCAUGGCUGCUGGUGUAAAUAAAUUGCAUCUUCCUGUUGUUACUA